AUGUGGGUUAUAACCUCCUCUCUAACAAGUACACUUCAGGGCCAAACACUCUUCAUGCCAAGACCAACAGGAGAAGCUCUCCCUCUUGGUCCUCCAUUAUCAAAAUCAAACAUAUCCUUUGCAAUGGAUACCAAUGGCGUGCUGGUUCAGGAUCCUCCUCUUUUUGGUUUCACAACUAGAGCUCCCACGACUCUAUUAACAACACUCGCAUCAAGUAUAACGAGAGGAUUGAAGAUGCUUUCAUUUGGAACCACAACAAAAACGGCGACUACACCGCAAAAAGUGGUUACUCUUGGUUACUUUGAUACUCGGAUUCCUCCACCACUGUCAUCUAAUUUAUCCUGGACUUGGAUCUGGAAGUUGAGAAUUCCUGAAAAAUUCAAGCUGUUGAUUUGGCUAGUUUGCCACAACGCUGUUCCAGCUUUAUCCCUGAUCCAUCACCAUCACAUAGCUCCCUCUACUACCUGUUCGAGAUGUGGGGAGGACGAUGAAACUAUCCUGCAUUGCCUUCGUGAUUGUAGUUUCUCCAAAAACAUUUGGUUUAAUCUCGAAUUCACGGCUCAGGUUUUCUUUACUGAUGGUAAUGCGAGCAGCUGGGUUAGAAACAACGCUUCAGGUAUGCUUUAUUCCACCUUCUUUGUCGGCCUCUGGUGGACGUGGAGACACCGGAACUUGAUGUGUCUAAAUCAUGAAACCUGGUCCCUACAUUGGCUCAAUUAUCAUAUCCAGAACACAGCUGAAACUAUCGUGACCUCCCUUCACUCAGUGUCGGUUCCCCAGUCAGAAAUUAUGGUUCACUGGAACAAUCUUGAUAGUAAUUGUAUAGUUCUGAAUGUGGAUGGUAGCUGUUUAGGUGAGCCUAUUCGAGCUGGGUUUGGAGGUGUUAUCCCGAAUUCUGCAGGCUUCUACAUCUCGGAGUUCUCCGGUUUCAUCGCUUCAACAACUGGCAUUUUGUUUGCCGAGCUUACUGCUAUUCAUCGUGGUCUUCUCCUAGCGGUGAAAUUGGGAAUUGAGGAUAUGCUUUGCUAUUCUGAUUCUAUGCUAUCCAUAAAACUUCUCAUCGAGCAUGCUUCCAACUAUCAUGCUUAUGCUGUUUUAAUCCAAGAUAUCAAAGACAUUUUAUCGACAACAAACUUCUCCAUUCAUCAUUGUUUUAGAGAAGGGAACCAAUGUGCUGACCUCAUGGCAAAGCUAGGAGCCACCUCUAAUGCAGACUUCUCUUCUCAUGCCACUCCUCCAUCCGACCUUUUUCCCGAGAGCUUAGGCUUUUUCUUUUCUGUUUGUUGUCUUUUAUUCUUCCUUUUUAGCUUUGUAACCAAAAUAAAAUAA